AUGUCGUCUAAUCGUCGACGGAACACAAGUCCUUCAAGACGAACAGAUUCAACUCUUCCCACCGACAAUUCAACUCUUCCCACGGAAACAACAAUACGGCUUGAUGAAUUCAAAAAAAAUUACAAGAGGUGGAAAUUUCUUACGCAUAAAACUGGCAUAACGGUUGAUCUUGAUACAUCCAUGAUAUUUGCAUCUGAAGCAUGGCGGACGGAACAGGAGUAUGGAUGCAAAUUAACAAAAAGCUUUAACCGAAAGCCGCCUGAAUUUUGGGAUGUGAUGCAACGAUGUCUCGCAUUACAUGAUGUUCAGUCUCAAUCUCAACACUCUGCUCGUCAAAGAAGAGAACAAUUGAUCCAUGAGCAUGCAGUUGAUGAAGAAGGCCAUGAUGACUCAUACAGUGAUAGCGGUGACGUACCACAAACACAGAUUCCUGAAACGAAAGAAGAAGAAGAAGUGUAUCGUGUUACCAUUGAUGAUGAUGAAAUAGUCCAAAAUUCUGCUGCUAGAAGCCAACAACAAGGUAGGGUAAAUUUGCAGUCAACCGCUAGAGGUGGAAGUAGUGCACAUAGAUCUGGAGGAAGCUCACGUGUUUCUAUUGGAAGCGGUUCACGAGGAAGUCAAAGAUGACAAUCCUUUGAAACAACAAUACAAGACAGCAUCACUGGCUUUAGAGAAUUCCAACGACAAAGUUUUCAACAACUUCUUCCUGGUGCUUUUGACCAAGAUGAUUACGAUGAAUUUAAAAAGGCGGAAGCGAUAUUUAUCGCGCUAGAUCUUCCCAAACACACUAGAUUUUAUUGGGCAUGCAUUAAUGCACUUAAGGAGCUAGUAUUUUGGCGUAAGUAUUUCAUUGAUAUAGCUGCAAGCACCGACGAGGAUAAGAUACAACUGUUAGAAGCUAUGACUGGGUGGGGAACACCACCAAAUGCUCUACAAUGGGGAACACCACCAAAUGCUCCACAGUGGGAAACACCACCAAAUGCACACGGAACAACUCCAACAAAUGUUCAAUAUGGAUUUUCAGUUGGAGGUCAAGGAGAUGGUGCAACAGUAGAAACUCCACCGAUCAUUCAACAAACAUCAUCAUCCAAUCUCGGUUUCACGAAUUAUUUUGAAACUGGACAAAUGCCACAAACACCUAGACCAGGAGGUCUCUUUAAUAUUUGGGGAACUCCGCAAGGAUCCAAUGCAAGUCAUCACAGUGAUGUAGGAGAUGAAGAUUAG